CGACGGCGAAAGAUACGAGAGACGCGAGCGACAGACGUGGAAUGACUUCACGCCACUGACGGGUAUUUCAAUGGUUUUACGUGUUCGUUCGUAUCGUAAGUUAGACAACAGGCUGGGCCGUCGUCCAACCCGUUCACGCGGUCGUCGAGAACGGUUAGCGCGAUACACUCGAGAGAUUUUCGCGGGACGUCGUUAAAAAACGCGUUGCGGCUGACACAUCGGUCAGGCAAGGCGGUCUCGCUUCGACAGAGAUGUUGAAGUUUAUCAGAGGGAAGGGCCAACAACCUACGGCCGAGCGACAGAAACUGCAGAAGGAUCUUUUCGCCUUUAGAAAGACUGUGCAGCAUGGAUUCCCAAACAAACCCACGGCCCUUGCAUGGGAUCCGAGUUUGCGGCUGAUGAUCAUCGGCACGGCAUCCGGCGCCAUCAAGGUAUUUGGCAGACCAGGAGUGGAAUUCUAUGGACAGCAUACUAUCGAGAGUGGAGAGAAUGCUGUUACGAGGAUUAUCGCUCUACCUAAUGAGGGCCGCGUGGUUUCCCUUUGCGACGACAACUCGCUUCACCUGUGGGAGAUCAACGAGAGCUCGGUCGUGGAGACAAAGUCGCUCUCGUUGGAAGGGAAACUGAAGAAAAUCUCGGCGAUGUGCCUCGAAUCGAGCGGCGAGCACCUGCUCCUGGGAACGGAGGGUGGAAACAUCUAUCUUUUAAACCUGAAGACGUUUGUCAUGCCGGAUAACAUUAUCUACCAAGAUGUCGUGAUGCAAAACGUGCCAGAUGAUUACAAGAAGAAUCCAGGAGCGGUCGAGGCUAUAGCGGAACAACCAGGUCACCCGGACAAUAUCCUGAUAGGGUAUAAUCGCGGGCUGAUGGUCCUGUGGAACAAAGCUACUCCCGGAGCUCAGCAGCUGAUGGGUUUGUUUUCGCGUGCGCAGACAUUCGUCUCCACGCAACAGCUGGAAUCUGUCCACUGGCUCUCCGAGACCCGUUUCGUUUCCUCCCACAACGACGGAUCCUAUGCAUUUUGGAGUCCAGGCAGCGAUAACGUGCUAGAGUCGACCACUCCCUACGGACCGUUCCCGUGUAAAGCAGUCACUAAAAUUCUUGUCUAUCCCACGGCAGAACAUGGCGAACUCUUUUUAUUCUCGGGUGGAAUGCCGCGCGCGAGUUACGGCGAUCGUCAUACGAUCACUGCUAUGGCGAAAGGCAAACAUGUCGUUUUCGAUUUCACGUCGAAAGUGAUCGACUUCUUCGUCGUGUUCCCUAAACAAGAGGAUGGUAAAGAUAGCGUCGAUAAUCCGGAAGCGCUUAUAGUAUUAGCCGAAGAAGAAGUAGUAGCAAUCGAUUUAACUAAUCCUGAGUGGAAGAUGAUGGCGUUACCUUACUUAGUAUCGCUUCAUGCAAGCGCGGUCACCUGUUCGCAGCACGUGCCAAAUGUCCCUGAAGAACUGUGGGAGAACAUUGUCACAGCUGGAAAAGCGCAGACCGAACAUCUGUACUCGGAUAAAUCAUGGCCUAUAGAUGGUGGAAUAAUACUUUCUCAGAAGUCGGGUAGCGACAAACCUAAAGGCAGAGAGUUGUUACUGACCGGUCACGAGGACGGAACAGUGAGAUUCUGGAACGCGUCCGAUGUUGCUCUGACGCCUCUUUACAAAUAUAAUUCAUCUAUUCUGUUCACCGGCGAACACCUGGACGUUCUUGAGCAACCGCCAGAAGACGACGAAGAUCAGUGGCCACCGUUCAGAAAGGUUGGAACCUUCGAUCCGUAUUCCGAUGACCCGCGACUCGCAGUGAAGAAAGUUUUACUUUGCCCGUUAUCAUCGACUCUGGUGAUUGCCGGCACGGCUGGUCACAUGAUAACAGCGACUAUAUCGUCCGAGCCAGUGAACAAGGAGAUCAAAGCCAUUACCAUGAAUAUCGUGAACGAUCGUGACGGAUUUGUUUGGAAAGGUCACGAUCAUCUUCCGGCGAGAACAACUAGCAUAAGUUUCGCGGUCGGUUUUCAACCGCAAAGUCUUCUUCAAUUGUAUCCACCAGCUGCGGUCACCGCGCUGGCUAUGCACAGUGAGUGGGGUUUACUCGCUGCUGGCACAGCUCACGGUUUAGCUGUUUUCGAUUAUACAAGGGCGAAGGCUGUCAACGUAAAGUGCACGCUUAAUCCAAACGAUCUUUCGGGAUCAGGUGAUACACCGAUUUCUAGACGGAAAUCGUUUAAAAAAUCGUUGAGGGAAUCUUUUAGAAGGUUGAGGAAAGGAAGAUCGCAACGUCGAACGAACGCUAGUAGUCCAACGAGGAAUGUCGCAUCCGAAAAGAAGAAAGAAACACCUAGUAUCGCUUCUUCACCAAGCGGUGAUCUUUCACCAGUGGAAUUGAAGCCUGUGGAGAGGCAAGUAGAGGCAAGACCUGUGGAUGAUGCGCUGGGAUCAAUGGUUCGAUGUUUAUAUUUUGCUAGGAGUUAUAUUAUAAGCAUGCAAAAUACAACGCCUACGCUUUGGGCGGGUACUAACAACGGUACCGUUUACGUUUUCACGUUGGCGAUACCGGCUGGUGUUAGAAGAACGGAAGAAGAUGUAAAUUGUACAUUAGGAAAAGAGAUUCAAUUAAAGCACAGAGCACCCGUAAUCGCAAUCACGAUUCUCGAUGGGUCCAGUGUCCCGUUACCGGAACCAUUUGAAGCUGAGAAAGGCGUGAGUCCCGGCCCAGACAUGGCCUCCCCGCAUCGUGUUGUAAUUGCAAGCGAGGAGCAAUUCAAAAUUUUCAAUCUUCCAUCGUUAAAACCAUACUGUAAAUACAAACUUACUGCGCACGAGGGCUCCCGCGUAAGGAAGACAGGCUUCGCGAAGUUUACGUGUCCGAUCGAACCUGCAGGGACGCACGAAGAGACCUGCUUAUUGUGUUUGACUAAUCUCGGAGAUUGUUUAGUGCUUAGUAUUCCUGAAUUGAGACGGCAGCUGAACGCUGCCGCAAUUAAGAGGGAGGACAUUAACGGAAUUUCCUCAUUGACAUUCACGAAAGCCGGCGAAGCGUUGUAUCUUCAUUCGAGUUCGGAACUACAGCGAAUUUCAUUGUCAGCCAGUAAAGUGACGAAAGCGAACUGCGCAUUAAAUUUACCACCGAACGCGAGAUCAUUUCCCGAGACUAACAACGAGGAGACUCAAGAGCAAGGAGUAGUCGAGGGGACGGCCGAAACGGAAGGUGAGACGACCCAGGGAACUGAGCCGAACACGGUACAGAGGAUGAUAACGGAAAACGGAGUGGUGGGUUCCACCAGCGGUGAAGAAUCUCCGAAAGAGUCACCGUUGCAACCAGCUGCAAGUACCAACGAUGUGAACGGAGAAGACGAUCGUCAAGAUUUAAGUUCUAUCGGAGACAUAACGAUCGAUAGCGUGAAGGAUCACUUACUUAACAGUUCACUUUUCAGAAAUGCAACGUCUUCCGAAGAUCUUCACAAUCGUCUUGCAGGACUUAAGAUGGAAGUUACCUCUCGGACAUCGGAGAUCUCCACCCAGAAUCAAUCUCUCGUUGUAAAGACUACGACCGUCGUUUCGCAAACGACCAACAAUACUACCGCCAAUGGCGAAGUUGAGACAAGUCAGACAAAUGAAACACAACAAGUGAACAGCACUACAGUAGAGAGAGAGAUACGCAGCGGUACUGAGACCACAACGACACACGCUACCAUCACUCUACCCUCAAACGUCGAGAUUAGUGCAGCUGAUUUGGCGAAUCUGGAGGUGACAACGACCACAGUGACUACCGAAAAGUCGAAAGCUCCAUUGGCCAGGCCUGAAGAAGUCGGUUCUUAGGAAUAUUCCAAAUUGCCUCGUGCCCUAAACUCGUUGAUUUCACGCUCUGUCACGCGGAGCAAUAAAACGAUUAGAUGUUUUUACUUAAAUGAACUCAGUGUACACAGCGGCGAUAGGUAGAAUUUAUAUAUCGUAGAUUUUUUAAAAAAUCUAGAUUUGUACGUGGCAUUAGCGAUAGCCAUAAACGAUAAGCGAGUGUGAAUUUCGAGUAUUGUAGCGAUAAACUAUUAUCCUGGAUAUACAACUGCCAAGAUCGUCCAUAUACAUUAUAUUAUAUUUUACGUUUUAACCGAACAUUCUCACUGCAUUUCACUCAAUGAAAAUGAAUUUUGUAUCGAGCAAAAUUUUUCAUGGUUUAGUGGAACUAGGCCUAGGUAAUUUUUAAUAUCUUUUAUUUGCAAAUAGAACCAAUUUUAAAAGAAAAUAAUUGAAAUGUGUUAUUUUAUUAACAGUUUUAUUGAAUGCGACUUUAAAUAAAUUUUUACCAACAACACAGCAUUUGGCGAGGCAACAGAAAUUUUAAUGACGAACCAUUUUUUAUAGCGUGGAGUUGGAAGUAAUUUGGAAAAGUUAGUUUGUAUAGAUGGAAACGAGAUACAUCACAAAUCGUCAACAUGGCAGCCAUAUUAAUUAAUAACACAACGAAGUACGUUGUGCUACGUUAUGUUUCUAAAUAGUAAAAUCAAUAAGAAAAGCGACUUUUUAAGUUAUGUUUCAAAUAAUAUACGGGCGCACCGUGACGAAGAUGAAAAAAAAUAUUAAUAUGUCAAUGCUGUGCGUCCCAAUAAAAUAAAACAAAUAGCUACUUAAGUAGAGUUACAUAUGUUGUAAGAAACGUUAUAGAGAUUAAGCGAGGAAAAACUUAAAAAAAUGCGACUAUCAAUGGCCAUGACGUUGAGGAGGAGAGUCGUUAAGAAUAUAUUUUUUAUCCAUGUUUGUUAAUAGUUAAGUUUCCUUAUUUUCUCUGUUUGGAAACGACCAUGGUACAAUGAAAUCUUUUAUUGAGCAGCAUCGAAAGUCGUUGACCCGAUACGAUAGAACAAAGUGAGAAACGAAAUUGUGUCCUUAGCAUCGCACGUACGUUCGACUUUUAUAGAUAAAAAUCUACUCGUUUAGCUUUUCUUUUGGUGGAGGACAAUUGCUACAUAUUACUUCUUACGCGAUAAGUUGUAAAAUUCCGCAAAUGAACUGUUAUUAUCCAUUAUGUAGUAAUUUACUACGUAGCUUGAUUUAUUUUCUCGAGUAUUUAGGUACCACGAUUUUAGAUCUCAAAAGCUUCGGAAUAAAUUACGGCCACCUCGAUUGUAGUGAUUUCAUGUUCAAUUUCAUCCUUCAUAAUAUUGUAACUAACAAUUUUUUACAAAAAAUGAAAACUAUUAAAAAUGUGAAAUAUCUUAUGGAAAACUAUAGACUGACACAUAAACGGAGUAUAAUUCUUUGCAUUCAAAUAAUAUUAUUCUAAGGAAUCUGAAUAACGUUCUCAGCCUUUUUGGAAUUAUGCACGUAUUAAACGAAAAUAUAUCAACUUGUUGUUUAUUGAUACGACUACAGCAAGGCCUUUGUAGAUAGAUUUUAAUCUUUCCCUAAUUUCAUACUUUCUUAUAACUUUUCACUUCUUUUAAUCGAUCGCUUCGUGAGACACAUAUUUUUCUUAUACGCGGUUAUCACGAAUAAAUAUUAUACAAGGUGUUCCGAACAUUGGUUAUUGAUAUUGACAUAACAAAAUUACAAUCUAUUCUUUUCAUGAGACUUUCACGAGACCCAUUUAAUAUAAUUAUUAUGCCACUGGAGCAUCUUGUAUCAUUAAUUUUACUACAGUUGUAAACUAUUAACAAAGUGAAGUCAACGCGCGCUAAGUAAGAUACGAAAUGUAUGAAAACAAACGUGCUUCUGCUAUUGUAAAGUUAUUGGUUUUUUACCUUGAUAAAAUAUUACACACUGUAACGGUGGAAUAA